AUGGCGAAUCGAAGAAUGGGCGGUAUGGGCGGCGGCCUUCGGGGCAAUCGCUCCCAGCAGUCCUUUGGAGGCGGCGGGGUCAACCCCUGGCAGGGGGGCAUGUCUUCGGGCAUGUCCCAUAAUUCCAUGGGACAGGGCCUACUUUCCCAAUUAACUUCCAACCCUCAGCAACUUGCUCUCGCUCUCACGAGCUUGCUUCAACCUCAGCAACAACAUCCGCCGUCAUUACUUUCUUUGAAUACGUCUCCUGCUUUUUCUAAUCAGACCAGAGAUUUCAAUCGGUUUGGUCCUAACAACCGAGGCCGUGAUUUCAGGCGACAUGAGCCUUACAACAAGAACCAGAAUCGCAAUUCGGGCAACCAACACAACCGCAACAAUGACAGACGCCGUUCGGGCAACAACCAGAACAAGCGCGACGACAAGAAGAGCGACGCCAAGAAAGAGGAAAAGAAAGAGGUGAAGAAGGAGAAGGUGGACGUAUCGAUAGACGACGCGAACGAGGAGAGCGGCGACACGAAGAGGGACUGGAAGGACGAGAAGAACAACGCCGAGGAGAAGAAGGAGGAGGGUGGGGAGAAGGAGAAGAAGGGCGGCAAGGACAAGUCGGGGCCCUAUUUCGACAUUCCGGCCAAGUUUCUGCGGUGCUUCGUGUGCAACAAGGUCAUGUGGGACGGGGAGUCCAUGCAGAAGCACGUUAGAGGGCGCGCGCACAAGGAGAUGUUGGGCACAUUGGAGGAAAGCGUCCACAUCACCGUAAACAUCCUGCGCGAGAACAUGCGCCUGAUGGAGGAGCGCAAAGUGAUCGAGAUGCAGCGUGUGCAGCGCGGUUCCAAGCGGUUCAAGCCGUCCAACGAGAUCGAGAGCAGCUGCAACAUGUGCGAUUUGAAGUUUUACGGCAAAAUCCUCAGCCAUCGCAGGAAUGAAGGGCACCAACGUCUGAAGCGUUACUUACAUCCGGUGUGCAGGAUGUGCGACAAAGAGUUUCCCUCCAGGAUGGAGUGGAUCGAGCACUGUCUGACGCCCGAACAUUUGAGGAAAUUGAACGAGGUGCUCAAUGCGAAAACAGGAAGUGCAGAUGGCGACAUAAUUCUCACCGAGGACGACAACGAGCUCAACCUCGAGCCGCUGCUCGAGGAAUCGCUGCAAGUUGAAAUCGAGAAUCCCGUGUUGGAACUCACCGACGACCUCAACGGCCUGCAGAACCUGAUGCCCGCCUACAAACCGGACAGGGCCAUAUCGACGCAGAGCCUCAAACCUUUUACCGGGUUCAGGUGCGAGUUGUGCAACAGGAGUUUCGAGAGGGAGGAAUUGGGGCAGAGACAUCUUAAAACGAAAUUGCACUAUCACCAGUUCAUCGGGGCUUGUAAAAAGGCGUUGAAGGACCGACAGAGGAAAGAGAGGGAAGAGAAAGAGGCGAAAAAGUCGGGCGACGCGAAAAAACAGAAUGAAAGCCAGGAUUCACAGGCUGAAGGGGAAGCUGACGGCGACCAAGAGAUGUACGAUCCGGAAGAGGCGACCGCCGAAGAGGAAUCCUCCGUGAUGGAGGUGUCCCAAGAAGAUGAGGAAGGCGGCGACCCGUCGGUCAUCAACAACGCCGAUCUCAUCGAGAUGGUGGAUGAGGAGGAGGAAGAGGAGGAAGGCGCAGGGGCGGCGGAGGGAGAGAAGGCCGUCGAGGAGGAGGAGGAAGCGGUUGUGGAAGAGGAGGAGGAAGAGGCGGUGGUGGAGGCACCGCCGCCGCCGCAGAUCAAGCCGGAGCCGGUGAAGAAGGAGGCGGUCAAGAAGGAGGUGGGCAAGCCGACGCAGACGUCGACGCCUCAGCGGCAGACGGCGACGCGGGCGGCGGCCGCCGGAGCGGUGCGAAACGGCGCCGGGCCCAAGAGCAAGAAGGUGGCGGCGCGCAAGCAGUAA